UUAUAAUCACGAAAUAUGCUUUUGUUUUCAGUUGUAUACGUCUGCUUGUUCACAGUACUUUGGGUUAUCGUUACCCCAGACUUUGGUGCUUAUAGAUCGCCUGGAUAUAUUUCCACUGAUAUUCCUUACAGUGCAGUCGGUUUCUAUAAUCAAUGGAAUAUAGCUAAUUCAAUUGAUAAAGGCAAACCGGUUGAGACAUUUAAAGAGACAAUUUUCAGGAAACUACUGUCGUAUACCAGGGAUUGUGGCCUCUUGGAGGAUGAUGUUGGCGAAGGGUUGGUUAAGUACGCUCACGCAAUAUGCACCAACUCCUGCUUACCAGAAUACCGACUUCAUUUUGGACUCUCCGCCGCUUAUCUGCCAUGUCAAGACAUAUAUGGCAUCAACUUCGGCGUCUGUUGCCUCGCCCACAAGACGACAUCCUUCUCCGCCAAUUUCAAGGAUGAAGAAAGAUUCUGGGACUACGAACCGUCUGAUUUUCACUUCUACGAUGGAGUGAUUAUGUCACAUCUUAACUGGAACAGAAUGCUUGAAGAUAGACCUGUACAGUCUGCUUUAGAUACCCAGAAGUUGAAAAACAGACAAUUUCAAAUGGAAUUAUCUCAGGAGCUUGUAUGCGGUCUCUCAGUAAAAAGGCAUAUAUACUCAAAUAAACCUUUCUACGUAAACUAUACGCGACCUUUCGAAAAACUGUUAUUGGUGUUCUUCUGCAUGGAUCCACGGCUAUGCACGAUUUCCACGUCCGGGGACUUCAGACCUAACCCCGCCUGGGACAGUUUCUGCCAGAGCAGGCUGCACAAGGGGUCAAGUGCAGGGCAGAGAGCCAAGACCCGGUGUUGCCACCCUGCCAAUGCUCAGGCAGGGUACUUCAGUCAACAGUUGUUCGACUGGCGGUUCCCACAACUGCCGUGGUUCCUGCGGUACGCUCCUGGAGUACGCAGCAACUUCAUGUGUGAAGUAUACAACCGAUAUGUCUGCAAAGGCACCGAAAACACUUGUUUCUUGAAUCACGGUAUCAACAGAGCUUCAGGCCGCCCAGUCCACAUCAAGGCGGCUACUAUACGUGAAUUUCCUCAUAUUGCCAGACUUGGUGUAAUGGCCCGAAAUGUGUUGCUGUUUCACUGCCUGGGCAGUCUCAUUAGUCGGAGGUUCAUCCUGUCGGCAUGGACCUGCAGGGACGCUCACGGCAUUACAACUAACAUUGUUUUGCUGGGAGAUGACGACACCGAGGCGGCUAAUUCCAACACGGAACAGAUCUACAUGAUUGGUGAAAUUCGCAAUCCUGCCUUGGAGAACUUCGACCCUCCUGGUGACCCUCCCUUCUUGUACGAGCCCACACUCUACAAGACGACCAGAGAUGUCGUAUUCAAUGAGUUCGUCAGACCAGCCUGCAUCUAUUACGACCCCAUCAACCGACCGACGGAAGGAACCGUAGCCUACUUUGGAAAGACAAAAGGAGAUGCUCCAGAGGGGAGGUAUCUGAGGAAGUCUGUACUACCUAUACAUGGAGACCUACAUGACCCGGAAUCAUAUUACAAGCAAUGUAGGGCCAAGCAAUUCUACAAUGCUCGUCACUUGAACAAAGAAUACUUCCACCAUGGAGCUUCAUUGAUACAUCAGUUUUGUGCGGGGGACCCGGCUGAUCAGACAACUGGACCAUGCAAGUACGAUCGUGGAGCACCCAUUCAGAGGCUGAUGAACACACCUUACUGCUCGUGGAACAUCUUGGGAGUGCUGUCUUCUACCCGCUGGAACUGUCUCCAAUUACACCCCCUUCGUGUUUCACAACAUCUCCUACUUCGUGCGGCUCAUAGAGGACAUCGUGUGGCCGAUUCCUUUCAUGAACCCUGAAAUCGCUCCAUUAAACUGUGGGUUCUCGCGGCCCUCGUACUGGACUCCAACAUGGAACUAGUGAACAUCUGCGUCUUCAUAGAGUAUUACGUGGUUCAAUUCAAAUAGCAAUAGCCCUUGUAUUAUACAUAUUUGAGUUCCAUUUAAAUACAAUUAAUUUAACAUUCACUGUGGUAGAAGCAACCCUUACUUGAUCUAUUUUCAAUCUGAACAUGUCAUUGCAGUUAAUGUGUUAAGAAAGCAAAUGAUAUGUUAUAAAGAUGCUAUAUUGUGUAACCAGUACUUACAGAACAUUAUACUGUAUAUUUCUAUAUAUUACAUACAUUAUAAUGCAUGUUUUAUCUUAACAAUGAACAAGAGGUUUCUUAAUAUAAAUGAAUAAAACUGCAGUUUAGUUAGAAAUAUAUUAUGGAUAUUUUUCA